CAGUGCCAUCUGUAGCAAGCGUAAGUGUAUUAUGAUUUAAGUACGCAAACAUCUGACAUUUCUGUCAAAAUCUUUUAUUCGCAUACGUUGAUCGACGUAGAUACGAAGACAGUGUCUAGUGAAAAGUUCAUCCUAAAAAUGUAUAUUGGAAGAUAGCAUUGAACAAAAUGAACAAAAAUAUGAACUCACCGUCUAAACUUACGGAGUUCGCUCCGUUAAGUCCUGAAGAAAGCCAACCUGUUGUAGCUUCUCUAUUUUCCAAAUUUUUUAACUUCACUAAAGGUUCACAAAAUGUUGAUGAUUCUACAAUCUCUUCUACUACCAAUGAAGAACAAAGCUCAUCUGAUUCUGAAUCUUGGAAACAGUCAGAGAGUACUGAAAAAUCACCUGAAGAUGACAGUUCAAGUAUGAUGAACUUUCCAUUAGAUACUCGUGAAGGAAGAAGUUUACCAAAUGUAUUAAAACGUAUUAGUAAUAUUGUAGCUUUGAAAAGUAGCAACUUACGCUCGUACAAAGAUUCUCAGCUAAGAAGUUAUUGGAUGCCAGAUAGUGUAAGCAAGCAGUGUUAUGAAUGUGGUGAACGAUUUACAACUUUUCGCAGAAGACAUCAUUGCCGUGUUUGUGGACAAAUAUUCUGUUCGAAAUGUUGCUCUGAUCAGAUUCCUGGAAAAGUUAUGGGAUGCACCGGUGAUCUCAGAGUAUGUACAUAUUGUUGCAAAGUAGUUUUAUCUUAUUUACAAUCAUCAGACAUGAGAAGCGAUCUAUCAGCAGAUUUAAAGGCAUUGCAAGAAGACCUACAAGUUAAAUAUGGAAAUAAUUCACCACCUGUCACACAGAAAUGUUCAAAUGAAUCAGUAGAAGAUGAAAGUUCAAUCUAUAGGAAACCAAGUGUAGGGUAUAUGGAAGAAAAAUAUGCUAUUGGACGGCCAACAACUAGUUACUUAACAUCACAGGAACGUUCUAUUGUCUUACAAAAUUCAGCUUCUUUGAGAAUGAUUUAUGAAGAAUUAUUUAGAUCUAGUCAAGCAAUUAUCUUACAAACACAUAGAGUUAGACUAAAAAGUUAUCAUAAUUGCUUUCUGGCCAAUGAAUUAGUGAAUUGGAUGAUAGCACAAAAUAAAGCAGCUACUCGAGUGCAAGCUACUGCUAUAGGCCAGGCAUUGCUGGAAGCUGGUUUUAUAGAACCAGUAGUUGCUGAUAAUAUAUUUAGUGAUACAGCAACUAUAUUUAAGCCAGUCAAAUUAUCAAAUAUGCAAAACAUGGAUUUAUUAAUUGAGACUCAAAAUACCUGUGAUGCUCAAGAACCAGCAUGGGUAAAAACUAUCCCACAACAUGAUUCAACAACUGAUUCAGAAAGUGAAACAAAACCUUCGAAUUCAGUACAACAAACAACUGGACGUUUACCAUCAUCUAGUUCAAGUUUUUACUUAGAUUUAAACUUAGAAGCAUCUACUGUUACAUUAAAAAGACCUACAUCGGAAGACUUAACUACAAUUUCUGUAGAUAGUAGUGAUGGUAUAAUUGAACAGAAGGAAGUCACAGUAAAAUCGCAUAAAUGUAAUUUUAAGAUUGCCGAUGAUCUUUUAAAUGAUACACUACAAGUACAAGAAUUUAAAGAAAAGAACGGUUGGCAUAAACCAACAAAUUUGCGAACCGUGUUUGGAGAACUACAUGCAUAUGAAUGUCUAACAUCUGCGUACAAGCAACAUGAAGAUUCACUAAUUAAGCAACUUCUUAAUAAAGAAGGUUUAUCACAAAGUUGGUCAGAAGUAAUACUCCCCAUCGCCCACCAAAUUAUUGAUUUUGUUAGACCAGAUUUAAAUCAUAAUGUGGAUGAUUUGGAUAUUCGACAAUAUGUACAAAUAAAAAAAUGUCCUGGCGGAAGUAGAGAUGAUUGUGAAAUUGUGUCUGGUGUAGUUUGUACGAAAAAUGUUGCACACAGAGGAAUGAACGCAAUGAUAGCUCAUCCAAAAAUUUUAUUACUUCAGUGUGGACUCAUGUAUCAACGCGUAGAAGGAAAAUUAUUAAGUUUAGAACCUGUGAUGUUACAAGAAAACGAAUAUUUGGGUCACACAGUUGCUAGGAUUACCGCACUUGGACCAGAUGUUGUACUAGUACAUCGUUCUGUUUCAAGAUUAGCACAAGAUAGACUCAGAGAAUGUGGAGUAACACUUGUUUUGAAUGUAAAACUCAGUGUUCUUGAAAGGAUUGCACGGUGUACAGGUGCUAAUAUCGUGAAUACUAUUGAUGCACACAUAAGUGCAAGGUAUAUGCUUGGUACAUGUAAAAAAUUUUAUUUGCGAAACUUUUCAAAUGAUAAAAAUGGUAUUAAAACGUUAAUGUACUUUGAGGGAUGUGCAAAUCCACACUUAGGAGCUACAAUCUUGUUACGAGGUGGUUCUCAAACAGAAUUAAAAAAAGUAAAGAAUGUGACUUCAAUGAUGAUCUUUGCUGCUUAUUCUUGGCGUCUUGAAAAGUCAUUUCUUAUGGAUGAAUUUGCAAGACCACCAUCGCCUAAAGAUAAUCCAUUUUUGGAUGAAACGUGCAAAGAUUUCAAAGAUUUUCAAGAAACCAAUAAAAUAUUACAUGCUAAAGUUAGUGAAGAAAAUGAUUUGUUAUUGGGUCAUUGCAAAGAGUAUAUAGAGAAUCAGGAAAUUUUAAAGGUAUCAGAAGUUCAAGAAGAUUCUGGAAGUGUAUCAAGUGAUAAACUAUGUCUAGAACUAGAACUUUCAUUAAAUGAAGGUACACCAAUAAAAGACAUAGUUUCAUAUCAGACUGAGAAUAUGUUGUCUUCAAACUCCAUUAAACAAAUAUCUUCUAUAUUAUCUGAAGAUAUUGAUCCUUAUGAUACUUUAAAAUUAUUUAAACCCAAAACAAAAUCUUCUGUAAUUGACGAAAAAGCUGCAGGGAAUUGCCUAACAAGUAAAACAAAUAAUGAUAAUUUAAAUAAUAGUUCCAAUCUUGAUAUAGAUGGCAAGCAAGAUACAAAUAGUACAGUGGAAUUAUUUGGUGGAAAGACUACGAUAAAAGUGAAUAAAAAUAUUAAAGAAGAAGUUGAAAAAUCAAAAAUAAAAGAUAAAGUUGUCUCAGAAGAAAAACGUAUUUAUGGUGAAUCUAUUAGCGAUCGUAGUGAUCCUCUUCAUCAAUACUUAAAUGAAGAUGAAGAAGAUGUCUUUAGUCAAACUAGUCCAAAUGGACAACAUUUGAGCGUUGCCGAUUUACCAUUAUUAAAUAAAUUUAAGAAAGCAUUAGAAGGCACUAUAUUAAGUGUAUCGCCUUAUUUAAAAUUUUCUGUUCCUUAUUUAGAAACUGAGACAGGAAGAAAUUGCAUAUUGCGAAGUUUUUUCCCGAGAGAAAUCUUUUAUUCUGUACAAUUUAUGGAUAAAGUAAAAGAAAUUAAAACGGGUAAUGUAUUUACAGAACAGUCUGUAAUUGAAAACCCAUUAAUGAAUUUAAAAUUAAAACCACAACAUCCAUUUGUUCAAGCGAGAUUAACUACAGAUGUGGAUAGCCGAAAGGUACAAGCUUUAUUAGCCAAUUUUAGAGCAUGUGGUAGUCGCUUAUAUCCAACGAAUAAUGUUUUAUCGGAUAAACAAAUUCUGGUACAAUCAGAAGUAACUGAACAACCUCCUAUGUGGCCCGAUUGUUUAGAUCCUGCUAGUCAUCAACGUUUAUCUGUGUUAUUUUGUAGUUUCUCACAUACUGGUAAUAGUGAUACACCAGCAUUUUGCGUAAAUCCUUGGGUAGUUAAUAUGGAUUUAUAUGGAAGAAAUGAUAUUGCGCUUGGACGUUUCUUGGAACGUUAUUGUUUAACAUCUGAAUAUAAAUGUCCUGCUCAAGCAUGUCGAGCACAAAUCGCUCAUCAUAUCCGACGAUUUGCACACGACGGCGGAUGUAUAUAUAUUAGUUUAAGUGAAAUGAGCACCGAUCCAUUUUCUCAAGAGAAUGCAAAUCAAAUUUUAAUGUGGAGCAAAUGUAUGAAAUGUAAAAGCGUUUCACCAGUAGUUCCAAUGUCGGAUGAUACUUGGUCUUUAUCUUUUGCAAAGUAUUUGGAACUACGGUUUCAUGGAAGCGCGUACACCAGACGCGGAACAGAUACUUGUCAACACUCACUUCAUCAUGAUCAUUAUCAAUAUUUCACAAAGAAAAAUAUGUUAGCUGUGUUUAAAUACACAAAAAUAUCGCAAUGGGAGAUUUCACUUCCACCUCCGGUGAUAAAUAUUAUGUAUGAUCCAAAACAACAUGCAGAUGUGAUAGAAGAGAUGAAAAGUAUAGCAUUGAAAGGAGACGAAGUUUUUUCUUGUAUACGAGAAAAAUUGACAACUUUACAAACUGAUAUAGAUAUUUUAAAUGCUGUUAAACAGCAGCUAUCUAAGGAUCAACAGUAUUUCAAAAAUAAAAUUGAAGAAAUUCAAUUGAAAUUGACGUCCCCCACUUUAGAGAACAAAAAACUUGAAGGAAAAGUAUCUGAAAAGCAGGUUCAAGCUCUAAUGUUUAGAAUUGAAGAUGGAAUAGUAAUCCUCAAACGAAUAAUAUCAGAAGUUGUAUUUACUUGGAAUGCAAAUAUCUUGGAAAUGUCCGUUAAAAAGAAGGAUGAAAGACCAAGACGGUUUACUGAACGAUCGUUGACGACUGGAAGUAAUAGUAUAAUUGAUACAGAUGGAUAUAUAACAGAAGAUACUGCAUCAGAAUCGCAGUUAGAAGAUUUAAGUCCUAUGUCAGCGGACUAUAAUGCUGUUGAUGCCAUUGCUGCUGCACAAAAUGACUUACAAGGAAUGGAAGGUUUAGAAAAUUCAGACAACGAAGUCUUAGAAAAUAAUAAUCCUGAAGACAUUGUUAUCAUUCAAGAAUCUCCAAAAAUGCAUCAAAGAUCACAUUCUGAUGUUUUGCCUAUUACUUUUGAUGACAUGCCAGAUAAAAAGAAAAAGAAAAAGACUAUUCUAUCACAACUAUUACCUUCCGUUCCUGUUACUCAGCCGAUAGUAAAUCCUUUAGGAACUUUAGAACAUCAUUUACUUCCUCUUGGAUCAGUUGUACCUAUAGUGGUAUAUGAAUCAGAGCCUUCAUCUAUAAUCGCAUAUGCACUUGAUUCACAUGACUAUAAACAUGUACUUCAGGAAUUAAUGCGUACGACGAAAGGACCUGAUUUAAAUCCCAGUCCCUUGAAUAAGCGUAAAUUCCCCGAAAAUAAAGAGAAUCUUCCUGAUGUGAUCCAAUCUGGAGAAUUUAAGCGGCCAUCUGUUUUGUCAUUUUUCCGAGGAAAUAGCCCAAAUCCUGCAAGUCCCUUAGACUCUGAUAAAACUAUUUCAAAUACGGAUUCUAGCAUACAAAAUCCAUCAACAACAGACACAGAUGAGGACAAGAAAACAACAAAACAACAAAAUUACAUCGAAGUUCAAUUUAACGACGCAACGACAAAUUUCUAUUGUAGAAUAUAUUUCGCUGCACAAUUUGCUGCUUUUAGAGAAAAUGUUUUACCGUGUGGAGAGGAUGGUUUUACAAGAAGUUUAUGUCGAAGUGUACAAUGGGCUGCAAGAGGUGGAAAAAGCGGAAGCAGUUUCUGCAAAAGUCGAGACGAUAGGUUUAUUAUAAAAGAGAUGUCUAGACUAGAAAUGCAAAUAUUUCUUGAUUUUGCACCAAAUUACUUUUCCUAUAUGGAAAAAUGUCAACAGACUAAGCAGCCGACAUUGUUAGGAAAGAUAGUCGGCGUUUACAGAGUAUCUUUUAAAAACAAUACAACAAAUGCAGCACUUCGAACUAGUGUAUUAGUGAUGGAGAACUUAUUUUACAAGAGAACGAUAACAGACAAAUUUGAUUUGAAGGGAUCAGUGAGAAAUCGUCUUGUAAAUCCUGAUGAUACGUGUCACGAAGGAGAACUUGUAUUGCUCGAUGAAAAUUUAUUGAAUAUGAGCUGCGAUUCGCCGCUCUAUAUCAGAUCACAUUCCAAAGCGGUUUUAAAUAGAGCUAUUGAACAAGACACAAAAUUCCUGGCUGAUAAUUCUGUGAUGGAUUAUUCACUAUUAGUAGGUUUAGAACCAAAUUCAGAUGAACUCGUCCUAGGUAUAAUAGAUUAUAUACGAACGUUUACUUGGGACAAGAAGUUAGAAACAAUGGUGAAGAAAACGGGCAUACUAGGUGGCCAGGGAAAAUUGCCAACAAUAAUAUCACCAGAAGAAUAUCGAGCUCGUUUCAUAGCCGCUAUGCACCGAUAUUUCUUACCUGUACCGGACAGGUGGUCUGGUUUAGGUAGAGGAGUAGAAACAUGAUAAAUAUGACUUUCACAUAGUGAGAUUUCCAAUUUUUCACAAAUACGGUAUACUAAACAUAUUGUAUAUAUAUUUUCUAUGCAGCUGACAUAAAUGUAACAAACAGUGUUACAUAUAAAGAUACGUAAUUGGAUAUUAAUAAUUUAUAGAAUUUUGUUUUUACUAGUCGACAUUACGAUAUUUUGUAAUGGAAAAGUGAUAAAAAUAUGUUACCAUUAUUGUAAUGGAAAGUCUCAUUGUACAGUUUUAAUCUCAUAAUUUAUAUAGCGAUGUAACAUUUAAAUUAUGUCGCUUGUAUUUGGAUUUAUUAAUAUAUUGAUCAUUGUAUUACAUGUACAUAAUAUGUUAAUAUUAAAAUUACCAAGCGAAUUGUCUUUCCAAGUUCGAAGCACAAAGGGCGUGAAUGAGAAUUACGUAAAAUUAUAUAAAAGUCUAUGAAAGCACCAUUAUUAAUGUUUUAUUUAGAUCAAUUUUCAAAAUUAUGUACAUAAACAUUAUUUAUUAUCAUUGAUAGUCAAAUAAACAAUAAUAAUAAUUUUAGUAAUAAUAAGAGUUUCAUAACAUAAUAAUAUUUUCAUAAUAGUUUAGAUCAGUGUUUCAAAAUUUCUAUGUAUUUAAAAUGAACAAAAUUUUUCUAAAAAAGAUAUCUUGUCAUACCAAUACAUAAUUUUAAUAUACCGUAUAUAUCUUAUGAUCAGGUCACAAAAGAAAAAUAUAAUAACGUAUAAACUAUAAUACAUUAUACAACACUGAUCUACACAUUACAAACACAAAAAAAAAGACAUUAAAGCGUAUACCUUACAGAAAAACAUCUCAUACUCAAUUUUCGCAUAACAUCAUUUCUACCAUAUUUACAUAAAUGAAUGCAUAAUGAUGAAGCUGCAGCGAAACUCGAAUACUUGAACUAUUCCAUCUUUAAAAAUUAGAUUAUACUGAUCAUAAUGUCCCUUGUAUCUUUCGAGACUAUGACUUUAUUAAUUACUGUAAGUAAGAAAUCUGCAACUGGCUGAUGUAUUUCAACAUUCUAUAUGUUUAUUCAGAGAGGGAUAAUAAAAUGUCUUUCAUUUGUUUGAAAUUAAAUACGAAUCGAUAGUAGAUGCAUCGCGCGAUUAAGUAAACUAUUGUGAGAAAAAGAUUGUUCGGAGCGAAAAUGAAACUAAACUUUAGAUAUAUGUUACCGAUAUCUAUGUAAGAAUGAUUGACUGAAAUGGAAAACAGUUUUAUUAUAUACUGGUUAGGUAAAUUACAAUAAGCUGUUGUACAAGAAUUUCUGCGAAUAACACGAACUCUAGGAUCAAAUCAUUUCACAUGUGAAGUAGUACGAAAUUCCUAUUUGUAUUCCUAUUUAUAAAUUCAAUUGACGAUGAAACAGCUCAGCUAAUAUGGCUCCACUGCCUUUUUCCUCGUAGAACAAAAAUGACCUACACUGGAUAUACUAUCUGAGCAAGUGAUAUUCUCGUGUAAACGACGUUCUAAGAAAUGUAUACAUAUAUAAUUCUUCGAGUAACUUUACAUAAAUACUUAGUGGACAUUACAUAAUCAGUAAAUUUCUUUUUACAAUUUUUUACAUAAUAAUUCGUCGUAAUUUCGCAUUCACUAUAAUAUUAGCCUCGUGUUUCUAUUCAUUGCUCUUGUCGCGUUGAGCAUGAACAAUUCUUUUUUUUUCUUUUUCAACCUUUCGUUAGACAUUUUAUAUUAUUACUAUCAUUAUAAAACAAUGCCGACAAUGAUCGGAUUUUACAUAAAAGUCUCUGUAUUAAAUUCGAUCGUCGUCAAAAACAAAACAGACGACAAGAAAUACGAGUACAAUAACCUUUUUUCAACUCAUAGUCAACCGGAAUCGAAUUACAUUCACGAUGUAUCUUGUUCGACUACCAAAGAAAGAGAAAAAAAGGAGAAAGAAAAGGAAAUAAAAUAAACAUAAACUAACAUUCAUCGCUAAGCGCUAUCCAGUGCCGGCAAUUUUUUGUACUAUGGUGUGGAAGUGGUAUUCGAUUUCUCAUUGACUUCCGCGGCCCACGAACCGCAAAUGUUUCCUAUCUAGCCGCGAGUCUGUAAAUCGAGAAACAACAAGGAAGAUACUCGGGACGGUGGAGGAGGCUUCUCGCUACUCAUUUACAUCAAGCGGCAUUCUGGACGCAUACUAAUUUCAUAAACGCUAAGGAGAGUAUCGCUGUCUUUCAUAACCAUAGGAACUACCGUCCCAGCAGCACGUUUGAAAAGGAAAUGAGAAAGAAAAAAAUAAAAAAUAGUCUUUGCAACUUCCGUUCUCGUGUUCUUCCUUCUUCUCCGUGUGUUUUCUUUUUCCCUUCUUUCUUCCCCCUUCCCUCCUCUCUUACUCGUAUCACCAGAAUAAUCCGACGGAAGAAGAGAAGAGCUUUUUUUUUGUUUCUUUUCGAGAGGUCCUGAAGAGGCUCGACCGUGAUCGACGUGUUGUGUUUCGAUGUACACCAUAUAUAUGUAUAUAUCAAAGAAUAACAAGAAUAAACGAGGGUCGCAUCGGCUACUCUAGAGAUCCACGUACGUAUAUCGUGCAAUUCAAUGAGGAUAGAGAUGAGGAUUCCUUUCUAUUAGAGACAGAGGGAGAUCUUGUUUUCUUCUAGAGACGUGCACGUUCUAAAUGA